UGACCCCUUGGCCCCGUCUCGUUUCCUCCUUUCCCAUCCCUUCCUCCCCACAUCGCCUCUGGGCUUGGCGUCUACCCGGCGCGACCCGGACCCGGACCGAAUCCGAGGGCCCCGCCGCCGCCGCCGCCCCGUCGGUGCUGGGAUCCCCGCCGCCGGCUCCCGCAGACACGGUAAAACCUCCUUCACCUGCUCCCCGUCCACGGCGCCGCAGUCGAAGCGGCGGCGCCGGGCGCGGUCUCGCCGCCGGCGCCGAUCUGGGCGUCGGCGGCGUUGACCCCGACCGAUUCGGCCCGGGCCUUUGUUGGGCUGCGCGACCUGCGCCUGCGCGCGCGAUUACUGGCAAACUUUACUCGGCUGUGGGACUCUCGAGUGGAUCAGUUGAGGACAUCAACUUCUGCGAGAUGCUUUUCGUCCAGUUUGGAGUAAAGAAACCAACCUUGCAUCUGUGUUCUGUCUGUGCCGCUUUCCUUUGGAUUCCAGAAAAAAAAUUCAAACAAGCCAUUGCAUCUCACUGACUUGAGGUAACUAUGCCAAAGGACAGGAGCUCCCGCGUUUACUCCUAUGAGAGCCGCCGGUCUCGUGCCUCUCCGUACUUCUCAUCGCCGUCGCAUGGACGGAGUGGUGGUUCUCGCCGGUCAGAAGAGUCUUCCGCGGCUGCAGCAGCUGCUGCUGCUGCGAAGCAGGCUGCAGAGUGGGAGGAGGUCCGAUGCCCUGUGUGCAUGGAUCACCCGCACAAUGCGGUCCUGCUGGUCUGCUCAUCUCAUGAGAAGGGCUGCCGCCCCUUCAUGUGUGACACAAGCUCGCGGCACUCCAAUUGCUAUGAUCAGUACCGCAAGGCCUCUAAGGACUCCUCCAAGGAUUCUGCGGCCGAGUGCAGUGAGUGCCAGCAGCAGGUCCAGCUCUCUUGCCCGUUGUGCCGUGGGCCUGUCAGUGAUUGCAUUAAGGACUACGAUGCAAGGAGAUACAUGAACUCCAAGGUACGAUCGUGCACUACAGAGUCAUGCGAGUUCAGGGGUGCCUACCAGGAGCUGAGGAAGCACGCAAGGGUGGAGCACCCGGCGGCAAGGCCAAUGGAGGUAGACCCUGAGCGGCAGCGGGAUUGGCGCAGGAUGGAGCAGCAGCGGGACAUUGGGGACUUGCUGAGCAUGCUGCGUUCAGGGUUCAGCAGCAGUAUUGAGGAUGACAGCGGCGGUCUUGGAGCCACCGAAGAAGGAGAAGAGGACAUUGCCGAGAGGACUCCAGCCUCUAUAACAAUGGUCUUCAUCAUGCCGUCAGGUGGUUCGAUCAUGCAGUACUUGACUGAGCGCAGCAGGGCAAUCAUUGUGGUCAGUCGGCGGCGAGCAAGCAGAAGUGGCGGCGACGCUGAAGCCACAGCUCCAGACAGCGAGGAAGGUGAUGACCCUAUGCCAUCGGCCGAUGCAUCCGCUAGCUCACAGCAUUCUUAUGAAGAAGCUGAAGGUGACCCUGCACAAUGACACAUGUAAGCUGGAAGGUGUCCCCUGGCGUCAUCGUGACCUGAAGAUCCUGGCAUCCCAACGUGGUAUGUGUUGAUUUUGCAGCACAACAUGCAUAUUGUACCUCGUGCCUGGGGGUAAGAAACAUGGACGCUGAUGUCUUCAAGGCGUAGUCAGGACAUUCUGCCUACGCGGGAGGAGGAUUAAGGGAAUCAACAACGCAGGGAAGGGUUCGAAACUGUGGUGGAUCAUGAGGUUGGUCUGUAGUGUCCUUUCUGAUGUAUCUGCUGAGGUUUGUAGCAAUGAAGAAAAGAAAACAAUUGGAUGGUUGAAUGGGUUUACAUGUCCCUACGUUGUGAUUAUCUUAUUAUCACAUCGAAUGGAUUUGUCCCGAACUAAGGAAUCUGAUCGUACUUGCACUGGAUAAUAAUAUCUGUUCCUCGUAAUUUACUAGUUUGCAGCUGUCCUUCGAAGAAUCUGAUGGCACUGCUGCUGCAGCAAUCGCUAAUCGUGUGGACUGUCCUGAAGCUGUUAAUGUCAUUUUGUUUUGUUAGGAAAAGCAUCAUGAUGACUUUAUUGAUUAUCGGAAGUUGCUAGAUCCUCUGAUCCAACUAAUGAUAAAAUCUGGGCUUCAUCGACCCAAUUAGUCUUAUGCCAAAAGCAAAAGCGAGCUGUUAAAGACAUUGUUCUGUUAGGAAAAGCCAUCAUGGCGACUUUAUCGAUUACAAAUAAUUGUUAGAUUGUCUAAGAUCCAACUAACAAUGAUAAAAUCUGGGCUUCAUCGACCUAAUUAACCUUAUGCAAAAAAAAGCGAGCUAUAAUGACAUUGUUAAAUACUAUAAUUGUAAGAGGAGCUAACUAUCCAUAGCUGUUACGACUCAACUUGGAAGGAGGAAGCCUCCGUAAAUAAAAUGCAUGCAGGUUUGGUAGUUGUACUGGUGUUACAACUCACAGGAGUUCCGUCCCAUCGGAGACCGGCCGCCGGCACCUGUCUGCGGUUGCUCUGCUCGGACCAUCGCCUCGCCAUGGACGAAGAUAAAGAGCAGAGGCCAAGCUGCAACUGCAAGAAGACCACCUGCCUCAAGCGCUACUGCCAGUGCUUCCAGGGCCACUUUUUCUGCUCUCACGCCUGCAACUGCAAGGGCUGCUGGAACAGCGAGCACAGGAGAACCUUCGUGGAGGAGCACGCCGAGCUGAGGCUCAAGACGAAGCUCGGCGCGUCCCGGUCCAAAGACAACGCGCUGACGGCAGAGCAGAGGGUGCAUGGCAAGGGCUGCACCUGCAACAAGUCCGGGUGCAGGAAAAACUACUGCGAGUGCUUCAAGAAACAAGUUGCGUGCACCAUGAGAUGCAAGUGCCAAGGGUGUGAGAACAGUUAUGGGACAGGAGGGAAAGGGCUUCAGGGGAACGGUGAUCCGGGUGGACCGUCUGGACAGCCCAAUGGAGCACCUGACGGCGGUGAUGGAUCACCUGGCGGUUCCGGCGAAUCCGCGGUGGUCAUAGACGAGGAGCUGCAGCGUCCAACAGAAGCGGGGGUGGCGGAAAACGUUGCGGCUAUUGACCCUUUGGAUCCUGGUCAUGGUAAUAAUUGGUGCCAUUUACUUCCACCGGAACUCUCGACCCCAAAGGAAUCAUGGGCCUGUGCAGGCAACCCUGACACAUGAAACACCAAUGACGACAACGAGAAGGAUUCUAGUGCAAGCUGGGAGUGAUGAAGCUGCUGAAAUUCAGAACAUAGGUAAUAGGUAUAUGAUUGCACCUGGCACUAGAUAUCCACCCCUGUACAAUUUCAACAUUAGGCUUGCUUUGAAGUUUCCUCUAUUUAGUGAUUCAGUCUAUAAACUUUUCCUAGUUUGAUCUUUGGUCAGUGUAAUACUUGCAUCCUGAAGCUUGAAUAUGUUCUGCUA